AUGACAUCGACUGUACACAGACACACUGACCAGAUCGCGGCCGCCGACACCGAGCGUCAGCUUGUUCCGGAACAUAAAUCCGACGUUGUGGUUGCCGAUCAUGUCGAGGUAGAGCGUAGGAACACUGUCGAGCGGAGUGAUGCUGACCACGAUGAGGGAGAGGGUAUCCC